AUGGCAACUAUGGAAACAUUGUUGAAAUCGGUAAAUACUAAACUGCAAAUGCUGGAAUUUACAAAUGAGAGUGUAAGGGAAGCUCUAGAAAAACGACAUGUCCCCACCAUGGAACGAAAGUUAAAAACCUUGCAAGAUAAAAUCGAUGAGAUCCAGGACCUGGAAACAAAGAUACAAGAAGCAAAGAUAGAGAAAGGAGAGAAUAUUCAAGACAUCAAAGAAUGGAGCAGCAAGAUAGAGAGUGACAUUAGUAAAUACGAGGCUAGUGUGUUAGAGUUGAACUCGGUUAUUAGGGAUAUUCAGAAAACUGAAAGUGAACGAGUUAAACAGGAGGAAGACAGGCCUUAAAAUAUCGGUCGGUCACGGACAUUGUCCGACCCAUUCGUGAAAUUGUCCGACGUAGAGAGGAAACCACCGGACAUUCUGUCCGACCAACGUGAAACUGAGGUUUAUUGUUUGUCCGACCCGAGUGAAUUGGUGUCCGACCGAACUGUAGCUUUGUCCGACGUAAAUCAAAAUGUACCCUAGCCCAGGACUAGAGGCUUGUAUGUUAAAUAUGGAAAAUCAGAGUACUAUUGUAUAAAAGGUGAACUGGAAAUGUUGUUUUAACGUAGUCGAGCGCGGGGCGGCGAGCGAAACCGUGAAGUGGAAAACGGGCUUAAGUUGUCGAAGUCUUGUUUAAUACUGCUGUUCUGGAAAGCAAGUUAAUUUUGGCUUGGAAAUAAGUAUGAAAGAAACGAAGUAUUUAAUAUCUUUACAACAUUUACCGUUUAUUCAUUUGUGCCGGCACUCAGACUUAUUUCCGAGUCAAAACUGAACUGAAGGUCAUCGGACAUAUGUCCGACCCAAACUCAACGUCACCGGACAUUUUGUCAGACGGCCCUGUAAAAGAUAUUUUAAGGCCUGAGGAAGAGGAAUUAGCUUCUAAAAUACGUCACCAGAUAUUCAAGGAGGAAAUGAAAUUCGAGGAAGCGAAGUUGCAGCAAAAGCUUAGUUUUGAGAAGAAGUCAUUGGAAGGUUCGAAGAAUGAAGAGAAAGAGUCCAAGCUGUAUACAAAACUUCCCAAGCUUGUUAUCACGAAGUUCAAAGGAGUGCAAACUGAUUGGCUGCGGUUCUGGAAUCAGUUCCAGACUGGCAUCGAUGGAACCAACAUUGCCCAAGUAACUAAGUUUUCAUACUUGAAGGAACUGCUUGAUCCUAAAGUACGUGUUUGUGUAGAUGGUCUGCCCUUCAACACAGAGGGCUAUGAAAGAGCAAAGAACAUACUAAAGUCCAAAUAUGGAAAAGAUAGCGAAGUUAUCAACUUGUACGUUCAGAAUAUAUUGGAUUACCAACUAUUCCGGGUAGCCAACCACACAAGAUCCAUGCAUUCUAUGAGACAUUGUUAACAAGUGUCCAAUCAUUGGAAACUCUGGGGGCAAAUUGACUGAGGUGUCAGGGUAUGUUAGAAUGACUUUAGACAAGCUCGAAGGUAUCAGGAGUGACGUGGUUAGGACGGAUGAUGACUGGCAGAACUGGAAGUUUCCCGAACUCAUUGAAGCCUUAAGGAAAUAGACGGAGCGAAAUCCACUUAAACGAGAUCAGGAACUGGAUAAAUCAAAUCAGAGAUGGACAAAUAGAUCAAAGAACUUCCAAACAAGACAGCAAGAGCACAAGUCGAGAUCAUGUGUUUAUUGUGAUGACCCUAGCCACAGACCAACAGACUGCAAAAAGGCGGUUUCAGUGGGAGAUCGAAGGAAGAUCCUGGGAGAAAAACAGCGGUGUUUCAACUGUACGGGCGCUCGACACAAGGCGGCAGAUUGUCGGAGUCAAACGGUAUGUCUACGAUGCAAGAAGAAACAUCACACAUCGAUAUGCGAGGCACAACCAGUGCAACAAAUGUUGGUUGCACAGGGUGAAGGCAAAGUGAUUUAUCCGGUGGUGGUGGUGAAAGCUGGGGGCAUUAAAUGCAGAGCGCUGUUGGACACAGGGGCUGGGAGCUCCUAUGCAUCUGCUGCCCGGUUGCAACGUCUUAACAGCAAACCAGAGCGACGAGAGUUUAGGAAAAUCGAGAUGAUGAUGCAAACAUCUAACAAAACAAUUGAUGUACACAAGUUAGAAGUCACUGAUGUGAAUGAUUCGUUUGUCCUUAAGACGGAAGUUACCAGAGUAGAACGAAGUAAUCUGUGAAGUUUGCCAAAUCCUAAGUACAACGAAACAAUCAAACUGUUUGAACACCUCAAAGGAGUAACAAUGGACGAUACAGACGAGAAGGAAGAACUUCCGAUUCAUUUAAUCUUAGGAGCAAGUGAUUAUGCGAAGAUAAAAACUCCUUCCCAACCACGUGUAGGUCAAACCGGAGAGCCAGUGGGGGAGUUUACGAAGUUCGGGUGGACCAUAAUGUCCCCAGGAACAGAUGAUGAUUUUACUAAAAUGUUAUUUACGAAGACCUCGAUGCACGACUACCAGAAGCUAUGUAAUCUUGAUGUCCUUGGUCUUCAAGAGUCUCCAAACGAAGAGCAAUCAAUUUACGAGGACUUUAAAGAGCAAUUGAGACAGAGUAAAGAGGGCUGGUACGAAACUGGUCUUCUCUGGAAGCCUGGAAUGGAGGAUUUACCAAGCAAUGAGCGGGAAAGUCGAGCGAGGCUGACCAAACUAGUACAGAGACUGGAGAAGCCAGAUCUUAUGAAACAGUACCAGGAAAUAAUUAAGGACCAGAAGGUAUAAUCGAGAAGGCACCCCAAGAGUCGAAUCAACGAAAAUUCUAUAUUCCUCACAAACCUGUGGUGAAGGAGUCAGACGAGACAACGAAAGUACGCAUAGUUUAUGACGCGUCCGCGCAAGAGUCUGAUGAUUCACCUUCCUUGAACGAUUGUUUAGAGACAGGCCCGGUCCUGCAAAAUCUACUGUGGGAUAUUCUCGUGCGAAAUCGCUUCAAACCAGUUGCUUUAUCAGGAGACUUGAAGCAAGCCUUCCUUCAAGUGAGAAUCAAAGAGGAAGAUAGGGAUGUACUGCGUUUCCACUGGAUUGAUGAAGAAAAUCUACAUGAAGUUACAGUCUAUCGAUUUACCAGGGCACGUUUCAGGUUGAAUCAGCCCCAUUUCUUCUCGGAGAAACGCUAGAUCAGCACCUAACGAGCGUAGCAGAAGAAUUCCCCGAUGAAGUCGUCGAGAUUAAGGACAGUUUAUACGUUGACGAUAUCCUAGGUGGUGGUAGUACGGUGACUGAAGUUGAAUCGCUAAAGGAAUCCGCAAUUGAAAUCUUUGACAGAGCGCAUUUCCAGUUGCACAAAUGGCACUCGAACGAGCCAAGUUUAGAAGCACCUGGAGAACAUAAUUUCGAGAAGAAACCAAGCUUUGCCAAACAGCAACUGGGAGUAAAGAACGAUGAGACCAAGUUGUUGGUAAUGAAGUGGAACAAGUCCACUGUCUGUCCACAGAUCAAUUAGCAGUGGUAUUCCCUGAUGUGGAGCCAAAAGAGGACACUAAAAGAACAGUUCUCAGUAAGCUAGCUUCCAUAUUCGAUCCGUUAGGACUAGCGGCACCAGUAACCCUAUCCGGCAAAUUCAUAUAUAGAGACGUGUGCGACUCUCGAGGUCUUUGGGACGAAGAACUGCCGGAAGCCAUCAUGAAGCGGUGGCAAUUAUAGAAUGCAAAUCUUCCAGUACAAAUUGAAGUACCCAGAAGUCUGGCAAUGCAUCAAGACGAGAUUUGUUCCAUCGAUCUGCACGCCUUCGGUGAUACCAGUGGCCAAGGGACAGCUGAGGCAGUUUACGCGGUGGUAAACCAAGAACAAGGAGUCACGCAAGAUUUGAUAACGGCAAAGGCACGGUUAGCGAAAAAGAACUUAACUAUACCCAGGCUAGAACUUGUCUCGGGACAAAUGGCUGCAAAUCUACUAGACAACGUGAGAAAUGUAUUAACGAGAUUCCCGGUGCAAGAUUGUUACGGUUGGUUGGAUAGUACGGUAGCUUUACACUGGAUCAACGGCGAAGGGAGUAACAAGCAGUUCGUACGGAAUCGGGUAAAGAAGAUCAAGGAAAAGAGUUACAUAAAGUGGCGACACGUUGGAACGAAGGAAAACCCAGCCGAUAUUGGUAGUAGAGGUUGCGCAGGUGACAAAAUUCCAAACGAAUGGCUCAAUGGUCCGCUUUGGCUGUCCAACCCGAGUGACUGGCCACCAGAGAUCGCUACCCCGGCGACAGAUGUAUCUACAACUGAAUUGAAGCUGGAUCAAAGAGCAGUGUUAAGCUGUGCAAUGGACGGAGAAGCUGAGGUGAUGUACGGGGUACUCGAGAAACAUAGCUAUUGGAAGGCGAUGAGGAUAUCUGCUUGGAUAGCACGAUUUCUCUUCAAUUUGAGAUCGCAUCCAACGGAACCGGGUCGUGGAGUGUUAACCACCGAGGAAAUUCAAGAACAAGUCAAUUGGUGGAUAAAGAAGGAACAGUUGCGAUACGAUGACACUGAACAACUAGAAGAAGAUAAACAUUGCCUCAACCUCAAGGAGAACGAAUCAGGCUUAUUGGUGUGCAAAGGGCGAAUACAAGGCGAAUACCCCACAUAUAUUCCUCCCACAUCAAAACUGGCGGAGAAGAUCGUGAUGCAUGAACAUGUGUGCACCUUACAUGGGGGAGUCGGAAUGACGAUGGCUGCGGUGAGGAAACGCUACUGGAUCCCACGGCUACGUCAAUUAACGAAGAAAGUGAGAAGAAAUUGCAACGGAUGUAAGAGAUUUCAAGUAACCGCCUUUAACAAACCUAACCUGAGUAUCAGGCUCUAUUUUACAAAUAGAGCCUGACACAAAACUUAACCUGAUCGCUUUUCCACCCACAUCAAAGUUUAUAUUUAGUAUCCAAUCAAAAUGUCGCAGGAGAAAUUUAAAUUUCACACAACGACACUCAACAAUCUAAUUAUAGCAUAGGCAGCCCACUAAACGGCUGAAUUUAAAUUAAAACUGCAAUGAACUUAUAAAAUUAACAAAGAUAAUCACAAAUUAGCGAAAUAUAUUGGAAAUGUAGCUUAUAUUAAAUCGCCACCCAAUUGCUCUCUCCUCCGCAGAGGUUUCAGUGACUAUACAAUGAGCUUUACAUGGCGCUUACCGUAUUUAUCAACAAACUGACAUAUAAUUAUAAAGUAUAUAUGUAUUAAGUAUACUUUAUAACUAUAUGUCAGUUAGUCGAUAGUGCAAUAUAAGCUACAUUUGCAAUAUAUUUCGCUAAUUUGCGAUUAUUUUCUGAUUUUACUGCAGUUUUAAUUUAAAUUCAGCCGUUUAGUGGGCCGGCUAUAAUUGUAGUUGUGAUCGUUAUAAAAUAUAUCAACAACUGACAAUAGUAUAAUCUAAUUAGCACCAGCCAAUCAAAUGACAGAUUUAAAAAAUCGUUUGUCUAAUCGGCCAAUCAGACGAAAAAGCCAGAAUCUGGCUUUUUACAUGCGCCGUGGUAAAGAAUUGUAUCAGGCCCUCCUUCAUUCGCCGCCGCCAAUUAAUCCUGGCGAAUGAAAACAUAAGGGCCUGAUACUCAGGUUAUAACAAACCACCCACAGGCAACCUACCCAAGGACCGAACGCAGGGAACCAGACGUACCCUUCCAAGUGAUUGGAGUCGACUACGCGGGCCCAUUCCUGUACAAGAACCGAUCAGGAACUAAGUCGAAUGCUUAUAUACUUUUAUUAGCGUGUAGUCUUACGAGAGCAGUUCAUUUGGAACUCUUACCGAACAUGUCGACCGAGGAGUUUAUGCGUAGUCUAAAGCGAGUCAUAGCGAGAAGAGGCAAACCAGAAAAAGUAUACUCGGAUAAUGCCAAGACAUUCGUGGCGGCGGCUGAUAGAAUCCGGAAGAUUUCCAAGAGUGAGCUAGUAAAUGACUUUCUCGCGAAGAACAACAUUACCUGGCAGUUUAAUCUGAGCAAGGCCCCGUGGUGGAGCGGUCAGUAUGAAAGACUUGUUGGUCUGGUGAAACAAUCAAUUAUUGUACAAGGUGAUAAGAGCGUCGCACUUGAAGUGGAAAGAGCUCUGAGGAAGUCGUGUUAGACGUGGAGAUCAGCUUAAACAACAGACCUCUUACUUAUGUAGAAGACGAUGUGGAGUUGUCAGUUCUUACCCCUAAUCUGAUGAUAACUGGUGAAUCGUAUGUUCUUCCUGACGAAGAAGGGGAUUCGACGGAAGAAGAAGAGAUCAAAAGACGUGCAAAGCAUGUACUGCGAAGUAAGGAAGCUGUAUGGAAAAGAUGGACGGGGGAGUAUAUGAGAGCCCUUCGAGAACGACACAACCGUAAGGUUACAGGACACCCUUUUUGGCGUUUUGCGGAAAAUCGCUACUGCGCGCUCAAUAUCAGUCCGAUUUUCAUCAAAUUUUCACCAAAUGUUCUCCAGUGCAUGCAAAAUAUGGUAAAGUUGUAAAAUUAACAAACAAUAAAAUAAUGUAAGAAUUAUUCAGGAAAAUCUUAAAUCGCGGUACCGUUACGCUUUUGAGUUGUGCUCCUGCUGGUUUUAAGUUAUAUUUAUGAAAAUAUCAUUUUUAUACAGUAAAAUAGUUGUUCUAAAAAAUUGUGUUCGGAAAUUUUUGUUUAUUUCGUCAUUCCGCUGAUAUGGCGAUUUAUUUGACGACUGCAAUAUAUUUCUGAAUUGUUUGAGUGAAUUGCUCUUUAUUUUUAAAAUAUCCAAAAUUAAAAAAAAGCCGAACACCAUUUUGAAACUGACGUAUUUAGCUAUGUCCUGUGAAAAUUUGAGAAAAAUUGGUUAAAACCCGCAGGAGCACAACUCGUUUGAAAAUCAGUAAUUACCGUAAAAUUUUUCGGGAGAAAAUUGAAUUUGAAUAUUACAUUUUCAAUAUAAAGUUUGUUCGUUCACUGCAACCAGGUAUAUCAAUCAUGUUUCGCUCGCCGCUACUCUGGUUUAAAUAAAUGAUUACAAAGCCCAGUCGAAUUGUAAUCAAGACCCAUAUAUAUAUAUGGGUCUUGAUUACAAUUCGACUGGGCUUUGUAAUCAUUUAUUUAAACCAGAGUAGCGAGCGAAACAUGAUACAUUUUCAAUGUUUUUAUUAUUGCAGCGAAAUGUAUUUUAUUAAUUAACUCUGCGAGUUUUCAACAUUUUUCGUUCAAACUUGGUCAGAUAGUAGAACUAGUCUAAUGCAUUCAUUGAAACCAAUAAAAAAAUUUUAGGCAAAAUUAACACUCAAAGGUGUUCUGUAACCUUAAACACCAGGGAAAGAAUAAAACGCCAACGGUCGGAGAAGUAGUGUUAAUCAAGAACGACAGUAGAAAUCGCGGUAAAUGGAAUAUCGGCAUAGUUACGAAGCUGAUUAAGGGACGUGACGGAGUAGUACGAGGCGCUCGAAUGAGAUCACGGAAAACUACGAUCGACCGGCCGAUACAAGAUCUUUACCCUCUAGAAUUGUCAACCGAGUCAACCAAGGAGGACGAUCGCGAAGAACCAAAAAGCCUAGACCCAGGUGCUAAAGAAUUCAGACCCAGAAGAGCGGCGGCUGUGUUGGCGAAAGAGAAGAUAAAACUUUGGGCUGAGAACGAGGAUAUUUAG